AUGUUGCCUCGCGCUCGGGGCGCAUUGUCAAGGGCCCUGCGACUCAAUGGGUUGCGGUCGCACCCGAAGUCUUGUCCACAUGAGCUGGCAUACACCCUGCAUCCCCUGUUUAGCUUCACGCAAUCACCCUGGCCCUCCGCCCUGAGGUAUCCUGUACCAAGCUCGCGUCACCAUUUCUCAACAACGCGUUUUCAAAGACAGCAAUCGAAACCCGAUAAUCUAACAGAUCUCCUGCCAAUAUGCUGUCCAGGGUGUGGUGCAUUCUCACAGACGAUCGAGCCUGAUGAGCCUGGAUACUAUAGUACCAAGCGGAAAGAGACCCGAAAGCUUUUGGCCUCGAAGGAUAUGCUCGCAUAUACCACAGAUCUAGCAGGCGCCGAGAAUGUUAAGUCGAAAGCAAAUGCCUCUGAGGGAGACGUGCACGAUACAAUUGAAGCUAUCGAACCCCUGGAGCAAGCAGGAGCUCCUCGUCCGAUUCAGAGUGGCGCCUUGCUAGAUGAUUCUACGGAGCCAAGUUGUCAUGGUCUUCAGCCGCAGGCACGGGUUUCUCAUGUCUGUGAUCGAUGUCAUGACUUGAUACACCACAACAGAGCAAUCGCUGCUCCAAAGCCCUCGGUCCAUUCGAUCCGAGAUUUUGUGAAUGAGUCCCCCUAUAAAGACAACCGUAUAUACCAUAUCCUAGAUGCUGCCGAUUUCCCCAUGUCCCUCAUCCCACGCAUUCACUGGGCACUCUUCGCUCAAGAACAGCGUUCGAAAAACCGCCGAGCUGCGAACGAGAAAUACUCCCGAGGAAGAAAGCUGCCUACGAUAAGCUUCAUCAUCACGAGAUCAGAUCUACUGGCUGCUACAAAGGAGCAAGUAGAUUCAAAGAUGGAAUACGUGCGUUCCGUUCUUCGGACGGCAUUGGGCAAGGCUGGAAAAGACGUCCGCCUGGGAAAUGUGCAUAUGAUAAGUGCACACCGCGGCUGGUGGACCAAGCAACUUAAGGAAGAGAUCAAGGAUCAUGGCGGUGGUAUCUGGGUGGUUGGUAAGGCUAAUGUAGGGAAAAGCAGCUUUAUCGAGGCCUGUUUUCCCAAGGACUCCCGAAGGCUGGAGAACGUUGCCGAAUGGAUUGAGCAACGGUUGCAAAACAAUGAACAGCAGACCCCCGUCUUUGACCCCGAUAGUCUCCUUCCUCCGGCGCCUCGCGAAGAUCAGUUCCCCAUUCUUCCAGUCGUGUCAUCGUUGCCAGGAACCACCGUCUCACCUAUCCGCAUUCCAUUCGGUCGUGGAAAGGGAGAGAUGAUUGACUUGCCCGGCUUGGAACGGAGCGAACUCGAGGAUUUUGUCUGUGAUGAGCACAAACGUGAUCUAAUCAUGACCAAGCGUAUCAAGCCAAAGCGUUGUAUCAUCAAACCUGGCCAGUCUCUUCUUCUCGGCGGAGGCCUUGUCCGAAUCACAGCCACCAACCCAACAGAUACAAUUCUAGCCGCAUGCUUCAUUCCCAUCGAAACCCAUGUGACAAAGACCGAAAAGGCGAUUGAAAUGCAAACCGAGCAGCGACCCUAUCCUGGCACAAUCCUCAUGAGACAAGGAACCGGUUUCUCGAUGGCCUCGGCGGGAAACUUUGACUUGGAAUGGGAUACCACAGCAUCCAAUCUCCCCGCUACUGUCGCAAAAGCUGUCAAGGACAAGGGUAUUCCUAUUCCCACACUGCCAUACCGCGUAAUGUCUGCAGACAUUCUGAUUGAGGGCUGUGGCUGGAUUGAGAUUAGCAUUCAGAUCCGCACGAAGCGUAACCCGAAUGCUCACUCGCCACAGUUCCCCCAAGUUGAGGUGGUUUCACCCAAUGGGAAAUAUGUUGGGAUUAGACCACCGAUUGAAUGCUGGAAUUUUAUCGCAGAAAAGCUCAAGGCGGACAAGCGCAAGAGGCCGCGCUCAAGAUUCCGUUAUAGUUGA